AAUUUCAACUAUAGGAAAAGGGCCCAAUAUUUAGUGGGUCAAGGAAUUGGAAUAUUAGCUGUGAUGGAUUCCGCAAAAUGUAAUGAACUUAGGCCCAAUUCAUUUUAACAUUCAUUUUAGGCCCAUUUUAUGAUCUCCAAAAGAUUAACGAUAAGGGAAGGAAAGCAAAAAAAAAAGGGAGUGAAUUUUGUGGGGCUGUCCAUGGAAGUCCUUGCAACCUCUUCUGCAACUUCUACUCAUCCUCAUUUCACUUUAUCUAACCCCAAGAAACCCUCUACUUUCAACUUUAACUUCAAGCCCAUCAUCGUUUCUCAGCAGGUGCAUCCAGGGAAAUUUUUUCCAUUAAGGAUCGUUGAAGCUCGUUUGUUGUGUAUAAGGACGAAUCUUAAUGGGUCUGGAAGUUGUGGCAGUUCUGAUGCAUUUUGUAAACAUGACUUCUUGUUUUACCCAUUAUGCAGGCUGAGUAAAAGCUUUUCAUCUCAGUCUAGUUGCUUUGCUAUAAGUCGUGGAUGCCCACUUAGAUUUAGAAAACAUACAAUUAGUCUUCAAAAUGUGAGUCAUUCUGAAAAAAUUAGACAAAAUGUCUCUGUUGUUUUUGUUUGCAUAGUUGCUGCUAUGCUGCUGGUUACUUCAGUUUCGGUUGCUGUUAACAACACACCAUCAUGGGCCCUCUCUGAAGAGAAUCUCCUCUUCUUAGAGGCAUGGAGAACUAUAGACCGGGCAUACGUUGACAAAACUUUCAAUGGACAAAGUUGGUUUCGCUACAGAGAAACUGCACUUCGAAAUGAACCAAUGAACAAUAGAAAAGAGACAUACAAGGCCAUAAGAAAGAUGCUUGCCACACUGAAUGAUCCUUUCACUAGGUUUCUAGAGCCUGAGAAGUUUAAGAGUUUGCGGUCUGGAACUCAAGGGGCUCUUACAGGUGUAGGACUAUCGAUAGGUUACCCAGCAGGAUCUGAAGGAUCACAAGCUGGGCUUGUGGUUAUUUCAGCUGCUCCUGGAGGUCCUGCAAAUCGGGCUGGCAUUUUAUCUGGGGAUAUUAUCUUGGAAAUAGAUAACACAAGCACAAAAAACAUGGACAUUUAUGAUGCAGCGGAGAGAUUGCAGGGACCAGAAGGAACUUCAGUGGAAUUAAUAAUUCGAACUGGACCUGAAAUAAAGCACUUGGCUCUCACGCGAGAGAAAGUUUCUCUGAAUCCUGUAAAGUCAAGACUAUGCGAGGUUCCUAGUUCAGAAAAGAACUACUCCAGAAUUGGUUAUAUUAAGCUAACAUCAUUCAACCAAAAGGCUUCUGCUGCUGUCAAGGAAGCAAUUGAUACUUUAAGGAGUAAUAGGGUUAAUGCCUUUGUGUUGGACCUUCGUGAUAAUAGUGGUGGGCUUUUCCCAGAAGGAAUUGAAACUGCCAAGAUUUGGCUAGACAAAGGCGUGAUUGUGUAUAUUUGUGAUAAUCGUGGUGUUCGAGAUAUAUAUGACACAGAUGGAAGCUCUGCAAUAGCAGCUUCAGAACCCUUAGCUGUGCUGGUGAACAAGGGUACCGCAAGUGCAAGUGAAAUUUUAGCUGGUGCAUUGAAAGAUAAUAAGCGUGCCGUGCUGUUUGGAGAACCAACAUAUGGGAAAGGCAAGAUUCAGUCGGUUUUUCAGCUAUCUGAUGGCUCUGGCUUGGCUGUUACUGUUGCUCGUUAUGAGACACCUGCUCAUAAUGAUAUUGACAAGAUUGGUGUGAUUCCAGACCAUCCUCUACCAAACUCAUUUCCAAAGGAUGAUGAAGGUUUUUGCGGCUGCCUUCAAGACUCUGCAUCUGCUUGCUAUGUCAACAAUGCCCAGCUAUUUUCUUGAUGACAAAUUUUUUUUCUGGGGAAAGGAAGAUGAUUCUUUGAGCAUUUAACAUUCUUUGAAGGUUUUACAGUUUUAUUUUCAUUUGAAAAAGUGUAGAUUCAUUUCGAUCAUGUAACAUUUCUUGACUCUCACCUCACCUCCAACAAAAAUUCAAUUACACUUC